AGCUACCACAACAUGGAGUAUGCUGUGCCCAAGUACCCGGUUGUCGGGGAAACUGGCCUGGAGCAGUUCCCAGGUGGCCUGGCCCAUGGCCAGGACUACAGCUUCUUGCAGAACAUCCUGGUGGAUGGUGGCAGCCAGUUCGGUGUCACUGCACUGGCCUUUGAUACCCAGGAGGAACUCCUUUGGAUGGGAAAUCAGGGGGGCCACGUGACGUCCUACUACACCUGGCAACUGCAGAAGUACACGUCUUUCCAAGUGCACGCCGCUAACGAGGUGCGCCAGUUGCUGACCAUCGAUGCCGGUGUCCUGUCUCUCACCUGCAACACUCUUCGCCUCAACAACCGCAGGGGACUGAUUGCAUUCCACCACAGCUCCGAAGAAUUGGAGGACAUGAACUGCAUGGCACUGUCGCCCUCUGGCUCGUUACUAAUGGGCGGUAAUCAGACAAGCCUCAUUGAGCUGGAUCUUGCCACGGGUGAGCAGACCACAGUUGCUGAUGUUGGGGAGAACGGCUGCGCUGUCAUAAGGAGGCACCCACGCUUUAUCUGCUGUGCUGACUUCACGGGCAAGGUUGCACUGCGGGACCCGUCAACUUUUAAGGUGGAGUACACAUUAGAAUCACUUUCGGAAACUGGUGUGCUGUCUGACUUUGAUGUGCUUGGGAACAUGGUCGUCACAUGUGGCUUUACCAACAGACAUGGUACGCUUGCGGUGGAUCCAUUCAUAAAAGUCUACGACCUGCGUGUCAUGCGUGCUGUGGCACCAAUCCAGAUGAUGUUCCCACCUUUGUUGCUGCGCUUUGUUCCCGCCUUCACUUCUCGCCUCUUCGUUGUGUCUCAGACCGGUCAGUUCCAGCUGGUGGACACCAGCACCUUGACCCAAGCGUCGUACAUCUACCAGCUGGAGACUGGAGGUGCAGCUCUUCACGCCUUUGACACUUCCUCAUCCUGUCAGGCCUUGGCUUUUGGGGAUGUUGCUGGCUACCUUCAUCUCUAUGGGGCCAGUGCUCAUGUCAACUUCAAUAAUUUCAGCCAACCGACUGAAUUUGCUGACCCGGAAGAGCCACUGCACCCAAUUGAUAUCAAUGACGAGAUAGCCCCCCUGUCCACCAUACCCAUGCCCUACUGCAGUGGCAAGCUGGUCUCUGACCUUCCCAAGGAGUUCAUUAAAUAUGUCUACAGGAGGCCAGUUCCAAUUGACCCUGUCAUACUGAACACCAUGAAGAUGGUGGGCUCCAUUGGGUAUGCCCCAAACCCUGGUCUCUGGAAGCGCAACGAAGUGCGCUACCCACACGAAGCACACCACCGCAGGACCAAGGAGACCCGUGAAGAGACUGACAUGAUCCCACAGUGGUAUAAGAAGAUUGACGUGAAGUAUUCCAAAAUGGGCAUUGAGGAUUUUGACUUUAAUCUCUACAACCGCACAUGCUUCGCAGGCCUCGAGACGAACCUACCUAAUGCGUACUGCAAUAACAUGAUUCAGGUUCUGUACUUCACGGAGCCCCUGCGCUGUGCCAUCAUGAACCACAGCUGCCAGCGAGAGUUCUGCCUCGCAUGUGAGCUGGGCUUUCUCUUCCACAUGCUGGACACUGCCCAGGGCAUACCUUGUCAGGCGAGCAACUUUCUUCGUGCAUUUCGGACAAUUCCGGAGGCAUCUGCCUUAGGCCUCUUGCUUUCCGAUUCGGAUGAUGCUCGCAAGAAGGUCAACUUCCCACGACUCGUGCAGAGCUGGACACGAUUUGUGCUUCAACAGAUACACUCGGAAACACCAGAAGUUCAAGAUGAUGAGAUGCAGAAAACAGAGAAAGCUGGUGAGAUGGGCAGCCAGGUGAGCAAGCUGUUUGGCUGGACGCUGCUCAAUUCCAAUCAAUGUCGUUGUGGCAACAUCAGGGAGAAGGAGUCGACCACCCUACUGUGCUCCCUCGUCUACCCCGAGCCUCUGCCCCCUGUACCUGAACGUGUGACACCUCACUAUCCUUUCACCGAGAUACUGAAACGAAGCCUUUGCCUCGAAAGCACCAUGCCUGCCUGGUGUGACAAGUGCGAGAAAUACCAGCCCACGCUGCAAAGCAAGAGGCUAAAGUCAUUACCAGAAAUACUGACUGUCAGCUCGGGUUUGGAAAAUCAGCAGGACCUCAACUUUUGGCAGACCCAAACUGAAAUGUUCGGCAACAAAGAUAGCAAAGCAAUGUCCUUCUGUUCCUCGGCUCCUGUGCCUAAGCGGUGUCGGUACGGCAACUGCUGCACUCGGGCUGGCUGCAAGUUCUUCCACGAAAAAGACAAAGGAAAGAGGUAUGUGGCUUCUAAAGUGGAUGUGGAUACAAGUGUUCAAAGUGCUUGUUCCUGGCUUCCCUUGUCUAUACUCGUCACCUUGAAUCACGAUGGAACUGUGGACAUUUGUCGAGCUGACUGUAAGACCGAAGCCUCCACAUCCCAAGACACAAGCUCGGACACCGGAAAAGAUGACAGCAUUGUUGGGAAAGACAAAAAGCCCAGUGCAGGGAAGGAAGGACAAGCUGGUAACGGCAACGAAGGAGAUGACUCUGAGAUGAAGGAGGAUGAAGUUGAUGUGCAGAGGGAAGAGGAAGAAGCCAAAGCAGUUCUGUAUGAGCUGACAUCAGUGGUGUCCGUGGUAAACAACAGCCGCACCAACAUUGUGAGCUGCAUCCGGGUGGGGCCCUCGUACCACAUCCAUCACCAGGGGGGACCGGCCACCCAGUGGUACCUCUUCAACGACUUCACCAUCGUGCCCAUUUCUCCCGAAGAAGCGGUGUGGCUUCCCCUGGACUGGAAGCUACCCUGUGUCCUGCACUACACAGUGGCUGACAUCUCCAACAAGCCUCCACCAACAGUGAAGGCAGCUGUGUCAGCAGAAGUGUUCCAGCAAGACAUCUCUUUAGCGGCGAAUGGUGGUCGGCGUCACGUCACCUUCACUCCGCUUUCACCGAGUGAGAUACUGAAACAGGGCGACAUUGUUGCCAUGGAUGCAGAGUUCGUCACCCUAAACCAAGAAGAAGCAGAGAUACGGAGUGAUGGAACAAGGUCUACCAUUCGUCCAUCCCACAUGUCCGUCGCCAGGAUCUCCUGCAUUCGAGGGCAAGGGCCCCUUGAAGGAAUUCCAUUUAUUGACGACUACAUUGCAACUCAAGAACAGGUGGUGGACUACCUGACCCAGUUCUCGGGCAUCCAGCCUGGUGACCUGGAUGUUACCAUCUCGUCCAAGCAUCUGACCACACUUAAGGCUACUUACCGCAAACUUCGCUACCUCGUGGACGAAGGAGUUAUCUUUGUGGGCCACGGCCUCAAGAACGACUUUAGAGUCAUCAACCUUGUCGUGCCUGCUGACCAAGUGAUUGACACCGUGCUUCUUUUUCAACUGCCAAACAAGAGAAUGGUAUCUCUGCGUUUCCUGGCCUGGCAUUUCCUUGGACUGAAGAUCCAAUCCAAGAUGCAUGACUCCAUUGAGGAUGCGAAGACGGCGCUGCGACUGUACCGCAAGUACCAGCAGCUCGAGAGGGAAGGGCGGGUCACCGAGUCCCUGAAGGAGAUGUACGAGGCUGGCCGCAAGUCCUCGUGGAAGGUUCCCGGUGCCGACGAGGAAUGACAGUGCGACCACCUCUGGGCCGCAGUGGAAGGCUGCUGGCCCAGCCUCGACUCCCAGUGAAGGAGGUCGGGGGCAGAGAGUACGACACCGCAGUUGCCAGUUUCGUUGCCUAACGAGCUGCCUGGAGGUAAUGACCUCAAGGUAAUGUGGCAGCUUUGGCACAGUAUCGUGCUGGCCCUGUACGAGGGUUUUCAGCGACUGCUGUCUCAAGUUAUUAGAUAUAGCGCAGAGUGGGAGGAAGUUAACUUUGAUCAGUUCCAACGGGCCUAAUACCGGUGUCACACGGUCACUCAUGAUUGGCGGAAUAGGGCCCGAUCCGGAUCGAAUUUCUUGAUCGUGAUUGGCUCCUUUAUACAAGCUUCGGAAGGGAGCUAAUCACUGUUUGCAAAUUUGAUCCCAAUCGGGCUUAAUUGCAAUCAGCAGUGCGCUGUUUGAAAUCGUUAUAAAAUAUAUCAGAAGCAGAAAUGUAGAUGAACUAUCAAUGUUUGCUCUACAAAAUUUAUGGCAGCAGUGAGUAUCGGAAAAGAAACUAUAAAUUGCAAGAAGCUAUUAUAUUAACAAGCAGUUUUUGUCAGUUAACUUCUGGCACAGAUGCUUCGCAGUUUUGAAAUUGAAUCCAUUCAGGGGCUCAAGGCGUGUGCUCUUGCGGGGGUCCCCUGAAAUGGCACUAGUUCAGAGAUCGUCAUUGCCAAACUUGCAGUGUUAUGCAUCGGUAUUCCAGUUAUCAUUUUCCUACAUUGCCUCUCUCCAAAUUAUGCAGGAGAAACAGUGUAGCAUUCAGUUAUAGAAUUUCGGAAGUGGCAUUAUAUCAGUCGAUGCUAAUUUCACUCUCCCCAUUAAGUGAACGUACUUUAAGCACUUACAGUUUUCAUUUCCAACAUUUACUAUUCUCUGAUGUCCACUAGGUCUACAACUGAGAUACUUGUUAAUGGAAUUGAGUUAGUGGAGUUGUUUAGUGGAAAUUCCCACCCAAUUCUCUGUUCCCCACACUGCCAUAAUUUUUGUCCAAGAAAAAUAAACCUUUUCUUUUCCCUCUAGUUCAUCGAUUUAAUAACUUGAGACAGUUGUGGCUGAAACAUUAUGUGAGUGGCCAACAAUGCACUAUCGCAUUCGGGGGUGUUAUCUGGCCCAGGUAGCAGCAAGCCCAUCAUCGCUGCCUGCUGAAGUUGUUGAAAAUGGGCAGGCCAUUCUCAGUUGCCUGGUGACUUAAGAAACAUGCUUAAAGUAUGUGUAUAGCUUCACCUCACCCGUCAUAUCGAAGCACCUUGGAAAUGCCAAGGCAGCAUACAAUAGUUAACCUCACUGAAUGUCACCACAGGAUGUCGACUAUAAUUAGCAGCGCCAUUCUACGAUUGGGAAUGCAGCUGAAAUUUGGCACAGGCAUCAUUUAGUUGAAUGUUUUUUUUUUUGUGUGUGUGUGUGGCAGAAAGUGAGCAUAAGUAGCUGCAUUAAGACUGCAUCAUUGCCAAAGGCUUUGUCCCAUUAGUCUGAACACAGCCGUGCUUUGCAACGGCACUUCUUUGCACGUUUGUUAAACUAAGUGUCCGUAAUGGCACUGUCACUCAACCUAUGUCAUGUUAAAACAGCAACAUGAAAAUGGCGACACAUGCGCAUCAGUAGCCAUCAAAACGAAAACGGUUGGAGCGGACAGUUUUCGCACAGCCUAGAAAAAAAAAAGAAGACAAUUCGACUGAGAGGUCACGCCCCACUGUAGCAUGCCGUGAACGAUUUUUGCGACAAACUAGUGUUGGUCAUAAAUCUAUGCGCCUUCUUUGUCCGCUAGGAGAAACUACACGAUGUGAUGUGGGCACAUUUGUUGGGGCUGAUAGCGCGCAACACGAAAACCUGUCCGUUGCUGCCAUUGCAGUUGGGUCCUGGUCAAGCACGUGGGAUAUCUGUGUUGCAGGCAGCAACUUGUAAUGUGCUUGAAUGAUGUGAGGAUAGCAGAACCUUUGUACUUUUAUGUUAAAGUGAUGUAUCACUCAAUGACAAAGAUUAUAACAAUAUUAAAACGGUUGGAUAGGUUGCACUGUGAAAGCUUAACAGAGUCUUAAUAUCUACUUCAGUUUUUUACACACUAUGCUUGCCACGACGCUUACCAACAAUGUGAACAGCAGGUGGGGAUAGGUCUUGUUGUGUCCGCACAUGCCUACUGUGCCAUGCCAGCAGUAGAAAUUGUCUCGUAAAUUUCUCUACUCAUGUCUUUGCAGCUGUUUCACAUUGCCUUGCAUGCAACCAUUCUGAGGUCAUUGAUAAGGAUACCUGCAAAACUCGAGGCAGUGGCAACUAAUGGACCUGAUUAACAUCACGUCCAUUAGUUGUGGCAAAGAGCCUUUAGAAAAGCACCCAUUCAUGUGGAAGGCUGUGACAUGUCUGCUCUAGGUAGCUGUUUAACCAGUUUUGUACUGAUCUAACAGCAUUAUGACUUGGUUUAGUUGGCUUAAAUGCCUUCUGAACUGCAGUUUAGUAAUAAUGAAUGGGUGGGGUAUGAUUCCGUGCUUUUUUAUCAGUGUGGUAUAUUCAUUUCUUCCCCUGCAGUUCAAAGUGCACGGAUGUCCAUUUUGUGGGUUUUUUUAUGCGUUGACCAUUUGUGAGUAUGUAAUGUGUAAACUUUUGUCUAAUUCCUGCAAGCCUGCUGCAUUAUUCUAUGUCAUCUUUAUAAGCUAAGCGCUCUGGCAUAUGGAAAGCCUUUCCCUUGAUGGGAUAAUUUUUUGCCAUUGGUUAAAGGAACAUCUCACGAGAAACCACGAAAUAUUCACGUCAAGAAUGGCAAGAAGUGAUUUUUUAAACGUGCUUGUAGAUGUUCGUGCUGGGCAGCAAGGGCAACGGAAAAAUGCUGGCCUUGAACUUAGUUUCACUGACGGCCAGGUCGUGGAGGAAAUCUGUGGCUAGCACGAAACGCUUGGCAAAUCGUUUUGCAGAAGAGAAUGCAGUCUGCGAGCAGUGCAGUGAACUUGUACUUAAAUGCCACAUUGUAUAGUCUUGUUAUGAACUUACGGCCACCUAUUGAAUACCUUGUACUAUAAUCAUAACACCAAGAAUCCAUGCUGUAAGCCUAUUGAAGACUUCAGUACUGUGCCAAUAAGAUGGGAUCAACUGUUGCAGUAUUGUGUGACAAUCUAGAAGGAAAAGUUUGCCACGCACAGUUUAAUUAACCAAGGCUCCUUGAAGCAUGUUUAUUGCCACAGGGUCAUGCAAUUGAGGCUUUUUAUAGUGAAGCCAUACUCAACACAAAAGUACCUUCAUUGUAUCAAACGAUUCAUUACAGGCAUGUAUUUGUUACAUGUUGAUAUUGGCAAGACACAUUUUCGAUUUACCUUGUUGUAUAUCUAUGCUUGUUUUAUUGAGGUGUGACUUUUUUUUACAGUCUUGAAAUUCUGCUGAACUGCCAAUGUUAGCAUAAGCGGGCCUUUGCUUUCCCUGUUGUUAACAAUUUAUUAGAUUUCAUAUUGCAGCGCUCCAUUUAUAUAUCAGGCAAUAGGUGCCACAUUGGUUACAUCGAAGUUUUCCUGCCCUCUCUUAUUAGUAUGUCCUAAAUAUAGGUGCUAUAGUUCACGGUGAUGGAAUUUUGGUGAAAGUUCAAUGGUAGUGGAGAAAGUAUUUCAGUCCGGUGUUGCAGUUUUUGUUCACAAAUUGAGCCCUCCGAAGCCACCACCAAGAAAUCCGAUCAGAAGUUCGCGCCGUGUAUUUGCAUGUUGUGCAGUGGUAGAGACGUUGCGACUUUUAGUGCAUAAAUCAUUUGUACAUUGUCUGACAGACAGGAGAUUAAGGGCUUAUGUACAUUUUUGUGGCUUCUUUCCCUGUGCUGGCUGUACUUGCUUUGAAGCAGGCACAACAGCCUAGCUGAGAUUCAGUGUUAAAAAGUUUAGUUUUUCACAGUACUUUUUGAAAUACAAGGCGAGGCUGAUCUGCCUGACGAUCAUGUUGAUUUAAUUAAGCUAGUUUCUGUGUAAGCUAUACUGGAGUAUUUUUGUAUAGUGAACUACUUUGAAAAAUGACCGAAUGAGAGCUGUUACAUAAGCAUGUUUCUCUUGUAUUUCUCAUUUCGAUAUUAGUUGGUUUCACAGAUUAAGCUGGGAUGCAUCCUUAGUGUAUUGUUUUCCACAUCAGCUGCUUUUCCUUAUUUCUUUUGAAAUCUUUUCAAUUGACGCAUGCUGGUGGCAAGUAAUUGAGUUGAAAACACGAGCUAAAUUAAUUAAAGUGCUAUUUUCUCACAAUUAGCAAAUUGGAAACAGUGUAUUGUCUUUUAGCCAAUCGCUGAACGUACUGUAGCCUCAAAAAUUUAGACUUGAGGCCAAAAGCUGCCACUGUAACACACGCUCAAGUUUACUUGAGCGUUUCAACGUUUCAUCAUUUCAAUUUCACUGUUUCAAUUUCAUCGUUUCAAUGUUCAUACGUUUCAAUUAGUGCAAGUGGCACUUUCUUUUUCUUUUAGUGGUUAUUGCUUAAUGGCUGAGGAAAUGCAAAAGAAUGGCACUGAGGAAGGCACACUUCAUAACAUUUUACACCAACCAUUGUCAUUUCCAGCACGAAUAAGUAUACUGUAUUUACUCUAUUGUAACGCACACCCAAUCGUCAGUGCCAGCUAUGAAAAAUGCAGUAUGCUAUAUUGAGCAUUUGCCAGUUUCUCAUAGUAAGAAAAAUAUUAAUGACAGUUGGCUUUCCCUCGGAAAAAGGAAAAUUAUUUUAUCUGUGAUGUGGGAAAUUGUUGCUGUCGAAGACUGCCUUAUCACUACGACUGCCCAGAGCAUGUGAUAAUUGCCUUGCAGGCCACCGUAGCCUAUCAGUAGUGUCUAAAAUUGCCUAUUGAACUUACGUAGUGGGCACAAAUCCACUGCAGCUCAUACAAUGACAUGCAGAUAUGACUGCAGAAACUUUUGUACCAGUUAUAAUUGCAUGUUUAGCAGUCAUAUUUGGAUCUAAUGUGCAUACAAUUGUUUCCUAAAUUUUUCCAGGAAAAAGGUGUGCGUUAGAAUGGAAUAAAUGUUGUACCCUUCUUGAAUUCUCUUCAAGAUUUCUUGCUGAACCUACAUUUUUUUUCUUUGGGAUGAUAUACUCAGGUAAAUGGUUAAUUAUAUUGUUGUGCUUUACUCUUACGUUUUUUUGGAAGUUUUUUUACAAUGCUUCAAAAAAAUUUUUUGUAAUUGUUCUUGGCCUCAUGGUUAAUUGUUACUGUGUUCAGUUGCUGAUCUCAGUGGGCAAGUGUUUACUGUAGAACUGUGAUGUUGCAUCAAUCAUUCACCAAUGUUAUGUACAUUGUCUGUAAUUUUCAUACGCAUAAUAAAGAUGUUCAUUAUUUUUA